GUCUAAACAACAAACAACCAAACCCCUAGACUUACUUUUUGUCUGUCUGACCUUGCUUCGCUUCCCGCCUUGCUACCCAAUCUUAGCUUUCAACUUUUGUCUGUUGAGCCAUCUCGCAACCUGCAUUUUCUAACUAUUAGAAUCACAUACAAUUUCCAUCAUGACUACCAUUUCCAUCACUGAACAAACCGCCAUCUUGGCCAAGUACCUCGAAUUGCCCCAAAACGGUAAGGUGCUUGCUGAAUACGUCUGGAUCGACUCCGAAGGUAACACCAGAUCCAAGUGUAGAACCUUGGCCAAGAAGCCUUCUUCUGUCGACGACUUGCCAGAGUGGAACUUUGACGGUUCUUCCACUGGUCAAGCCCCUGGCCACGACUCCGACGUCUACUUGAGACCAGUUGCCUUCUACCCAGACCCUUUCAGAAAGGGUGAAAACAUCAUUGUUUUGACUGAGUGUUGGAACAACGACGGUACCCCAAACAAGUUCAACCACAGACACGAAUGUGCCAAGUUGAUGAAGGCCCACUCCGACGACGAAGUGUGGUUCGGUUUGGAACAAGAAUACACACUUUUCGACCAGUUCGACAAUGUCUACGCCUGGCCAAAGGGCGGUUUCCCAGCUCCUCAAGGUCCUUACUACUGUGGUGUUGGUACUGGAAAGGUGUAUGCCAGAGAUGUCAUUGAAGCCCACUACAGAGCCGCUUUGUACGCUGGUAUCAAUAUCUCUGGUAUUAACGCCGAAGUGAUGCCUUCCCAAUGGGAAUUCCAAGUCGGUCCAUGUGAAGGUAUUUCCAUGGGUGACGAAUUAUGGAUGGCCCGUUAUCUCUUGCAAAGAGUUGCCGAAGAAUUUGGUGUCAAGAUUUCUUUCCAUCCAAAGCCUUUGAAGGGAGACUGGAACGGUGCUGGUUGUCACACCAACGUUUCCACCAAGAGCAUGAGAGUUCCAGGUGGUAUGAAGGACAUCGAAGUCGCUUUGAGCAAGUUGGCCAAGAGACACAAGGAACACAUGUUGUUGUACGGUGCUGACAAUGAACAAAGAUUGACUGGUCGUCACGAAACUGCCUCCAUCGACUCUUUCUCUUCUGGUGUUGCCAACAGAGGUGCCUCCAUUAGAAUCCCAAGACAAGUGGCCAAGGAAGGCUACGGGUACUUUGAAGACAGAAGACCAGCCUCAAACAUCGACCCAUACUUGGUUACCGGUAUUAUGGUGGAAACCAUCUGUGGUUCGAUCCCAGACGCUGACAUGUCUAAGGAGUUUGCCAGAGAAUCGUCGGACUAGAUGUCUGGCUGGUUUCCUUCUGCUGUACUUUACCCUUUACAUAGUCCUUUAGUUCGUGCUUCCUUUUUUUCUUAAUCUGUUUUUCAUGCUUAUCGUUAAUGCCAACUACAAAACUGCUGCUUAGCAACAACUUCUCUUCAUCUACAAACUUCAUAAAAGUUAAGUUUAUUCAUUGUAUAGUAAUGCUAUAAUUUGCUACU